CCGGGAAGCGCGAUUAGAAAGGGAAGUAGUUGCGGGCGCCUCACAACCGCCGCGGAGCCCCUGAGUGGUCUGUGUAGUUUCGCGGGUCGCUGGCGGGGCUUGCCAGGGCGUGCGCCGUGAGCAGAGAGAUGAAUAUUGGGGUCUCUGGUGAGCCAUGAUGGGGUUGCAAUGGAAAAAUGAGGCACCAUGACGGCGGUUCUCUGAGGAGCCAUGAUCGGGGGGAUUCCACAGGAGGGGGAUGGUUCAGACCUGGAGCCUCCAGAUGCUGGGGAGGACAGCAAGUCGGAGAAUGGGGAGAAUGCACCCAUCUACUGCAUCUGCCGAAAGCCGGACAUCAACUGCUUCAUGAUCGGGUGUGACAACUGCAAUGAGUGGUUCCAUGGGGACUGCAUCCGGAUCACUGAGAAGAUGGCCAAGGCCAUCCGAGAGUGGUACUGUCGGGAUUGUCGAGAGAAAGACCCAAAGCUGGAGAUCCGCUAUCGGCACAAGAAGUCACGAGAGCGGGACAGCAAUGAACGAGAUGGCAGUGAACCCCGGGAUGAGAGUGGAGGGCGCAAGCGACUGGCCCCGGAUCCGGACCUGCAGCGCCGGGCAGGGUCAGGGACAGGGGUUGGGGCCAUGCUUGCUCGGGGCUCUGCUUCACCCCACAAAUCCUCUCCACAGCCCUUGGUGGCCACAUCCAGCCAGCAUCACCAGCAGCAGCAGCAGAUCAAACGGUCGGCCCGCAUGUGUGGUGAGUGUGAGGCCUGCCGACGCACUGAGGACUGUGGCCACUGUGACUUCUGCCGGGACAUGAAGAAAUUUGGGGGCCCCAACAAGAUCCGGCAGAAGUGCCGGCUACGCCAGUGCCAGCUUCGGGCUCGGGAAUCGUACAAGUACUUCCCUUCCUCGCUCUCGCCAGUGACGCCCUCAGAGUCCCUGCCAAGGCCUCGCAGGCCACUGCCCACCCAGCAGCAGCCACAGCCAUCACAGAAGCUGGGGCGCAUCCGUGACGACGAGGGGGCAAUGGCAUCUUCAGCAGUCAAGGAGCCACCUGAGGCUAUGGCCACACCUGAGCCACUCUCAGAUGAGGACCUACCACUGGACCCUGACCUGUACCAGGACUUCUGUGCAGGGGCUUUUGAUGACCAUGGCCUGCCCUGGAUGAGUGACACAGAGGAGUCCCCAUUCCUGGACCCUGCACUGCGAAAGAGGGCAGUGAAAGUGAAACACGUGAAACGUCGGGAGAAGAAGUCUGAGAAGAAGAAGGAGGAGAGAUACAAACGGCAUCGACAGAAGCAGAAGCACAAGGACAAGUGGAAACACCCGGAGCGCGCUGAUGCCAAGGACCCUGCAUCACUACCACAGUGCCUGGGGCCUGGCUGCGUGCGCCCUGCCCAGCCCGGCUCCAAGUAUUGCUCAGAUGACUGUGGCAUGAAACUGGCAGCCAAUCGCAUCUACGAGAUCCUCCCCCAGCGCAUCCAGCAGUGGCAGCAGAGCCCCUGCAUUGCUGAGGAGCACGGCAAGAAGCUGCUUGAACGCAUUCGCCGUGAGCAGCAGAGUGCCCGCACCCGCCUUCAGGAGAUGGAGCGCCGAUUUCAUGAGCUGGAGGCCAUCAUUCUGCGUGCCAAGCAGCAGGCUGUGCGCGAGGAUGAGGAAAGCAAUGAGGGUGACAGUGAUGACACGGACCUGCAGAUUUUCUGCGUCUCCUGUGGGCACCCCAUCAACCCACGUGUUGCCUUACGCCACAUGGAGCGCUGCUAUGCCAAGUAUGAGAGCCAGACGUCCUUUGGGUCCAUGUACCCCACACGCAUUGAAGGGGCCACACGACUUUUCUGUGAUGUCUACAAUCCUCAGAGCAAGACAUACUGUAAACGGCUCCAGGUGCUGUGCCCUGAGCACUCACGGGACCCCAAAGUGCCAGCUGAUGAGGUAUGUGGGUGCCCCCUUGUACGUGAUGUCUUUGAGCUCACAGGUGACUUCUGCCGCCUGCCCAAGCGCCAGUGUAACCGCCAUUACUGCUGGGAGAAGUUGAGGCGUGCUGAAGUGGACUUGGAGCGUGUGCGCGUGUGGUACAAGUUGGAUGAGCUGUUUGAGCAGGAGCGCAAUGUACGCACAGCCAUGACAAACCGGGCAGGAUUACUGGCCCUGAUGCUGCACCAGACAAUCCAGCACGAUCCACUCACAACGGACCUGCGCUCCAGUGCUGACCGUUGAGUCUCACUUGCCCAAACAUCCUCACACCCUGCAUUCCAGGCUGGGGAGCUACCCUAAAUCCCCAGUUUUUUUCAUUUUGUCAUUUAUCUGUUUCUCUAUUGGUUCCCGAAUUCCUCCCUCUGCUCAUCCACCAUUUGACUGCCUGUCUGCCCUGGCAGAGGGUGUCAGAAUUUUCUCCUGUCCUUCACUAUUUCUCUGUGCCUGGUGGGAGUAUGGAACCUGCUCAACCUUGUAUUCUCCCUCACUGGUUUUGUUAAUAAAAUUUUGAAGAACCAAGAAAGAUAA